AUGCCCGCCCAACCCCAUCAGCAGCAACAGCAGCAACAGCAAGACGACAAACGACAAGCCGCACGCGAAGUCAUCGAUAUCCUCCAUGAAAUUUCCACGAUUCUGAACACCCACCUCGACCGCACAGAGCUAUCCCUCUGCGUCUCCCUAAUUGAGAAUGGAGUAAACCCUGAAGCCCUUGCUGCUGUCAUUAAAGAAUUGCGCAAAGAGGCUGCUGCGACACCAGCGGUGGAUUAG